UUUGACGUUUAUUUAUUAUCAGCCGGUCGAUUAUUUACGCUUUUCGCGAAGCGACAUAAAAUAUCCCAAAGUUAUUAAAAAUACUUAGAAUUCUUUGCGCAAAUUACAAUAUGAGUGAUAUAUUGGACGAUGAUUUAGAACUACGUGUUGGUACAUUACAAUUAACAUCGGACAAUGCUAAUGCGGAUAAUCGAGUUGAUAAUGCGUCAGAUUCUAAAAGUUCCAAUAAGAAUAAAAAUCAGUUAAACGCGAAUCCUUCUGUUCUGUCGGGUGCUGAUUCACUUUCAUCAUCAACGUCUUCGUUUGCAGGUAGAGAUGCUAGAGCAGAGGGUAUAUCAAAUCCAGAGCCAAGAAAUGCAGCAGAACCAGAAAGGACUGUGUACCCGCGUUAUGAUGUGCCAUUCAAUAGAGAAAAUAUAAAGGAUUUUUUUACAUUCCGUAAAGGUGUUGUGGAGAAUGCAAUCCAAGAGUGCAUUACAGCGUUGCUAUUCCCUGAAGAUGGGGAAUACUUAGGAUCUUGGUUACUUACAGAGAUAACAUUAUGGGAUAAUGAGAAAGAAAGAAUUGUUCUCCUGACAUCAAGGCUGGUUAUGACAAUUAAAUAUGAUUUUAUUGCAAUGAAGCAGUUGGAUUUUAAAAAGACUUAUCUAGAUGAUUUGGACACAAUUGUGAUAGGGGAGUUGGUGUACCCACCUUCAUCUUUAGUGCCUCGUUUAAAUGGCAUCGCAACAGGUGUUACUACUGUUGUCAAAGACUGCGUCAUAGACCGCCUCUGCAGACGACCAACGGCCAAUGAGGAGGCAAAAUUGUUCGAUCCCAAGUAUUUUGAACCUAGGGAACGAAAUCUUCGCGGAGUGAGACUAAUGUGGAACAAGGGAGAGCCGCUGUCUCUCAAAACUGCGUGGAAUCCUUUCAGCCAAGAUGUGCCAUUUAUCACUUUUGCAUCACAUCCAAUAUUUUGGCAUAAAGACAACGAAGGAAUGAAAGAUUUAUUUUCAUCGGACCAAGAGAGAGAUGGUACUCUAGAAGAGAGAGCUAUGUAUGAUAUGGAGACAUUUGCACAAAAGUUGCAGCGAGCAAUAGAAGCGAUGACAUCAUCUGCCUGCUGUAUUCACCACUCUCCGAUAGUAAUCCAGAGUUAUUUAGGUGUCACCUCGCUGUUACAUAACAAGAUAAGUCUGGGUUUCUUCAAAGUGCGGGGGAAGUUUAGUUUUUAAUAACAAUUGGCACUUAUGUAAUAUAGAUUAACGCUAGUUUUGUUUUCUUGUAUGUUGGUAUUAUGUAUAUCCUGUGAGUGAUAAGCAGGAUUUAUAAAAACAUGUUUGAUAAGGGAUCCUCCGAGGAGAAAAAUCACAAGGACGGGAGGGGAGUUUAUUUAAAUUAUUGGAUGACUCCUAACAUAUUUUUAUGUGAAUGUUUUGCCAGUGGGAACUCAGUAUGAUCAAUUAUUGAUGUCUAAAUGUAGUUCAAGUUUUUCCCAUAUUAAUAGCUUUUUCAUUGUUAUUAAAAGUACAUAUAGAGAUUUGAAAUUAUAUAUUUAAGUUUUAGAUGUAAUUAUGUUUUGAAGUGUAAUAUUUACUUGUUCAGUUAUCACUCAUUUGUGGUGGAGUUUUUUUUAGUAAUA